AACUGUACAAACCUUAUUGUCAUUACAAAUGAAUUUAAAAUAUUAAAAUAAUUACAAGGAAAAGCAGCUUAUCAUAACAUCUACGAAGCUGAAACCAUGAAUUGCUUUUACAUAAAAAAUAUAUUUUUUUAAUUUCUGUCAAUUGAUUAUCGUAAUUGAUUUAUUGACUAAUCAUUUCAGCUGUGGGCUAACGUUACUUGUAUAAGCAGUUGGGCAGUUUAAUUUAUUACAAACUAUUUCACAAGUUAUUGGUAUGUUUUGUGUGCAAAAAAAUCUUUCAGAGUAACUAAAGCUGUCGAAUAAAUGUAAAAAUACAAUAUUUACCUUACAGAUGUGGUGUAGUGUUGUUAGAGGGCGAAAGUGGUAUCAAAAGAAACUACUCAAAGUAAAACCACCUCAAAUUUGUAUUUAAAUGCAGUACUUGAGUAAAUAUACUUUGUUACAUUGAGAAAAGGGGAAAAUAAGACACAAAUAAUACAAUUAAUUAAGAAAAUAGUUGGUUAAACAGUAGUUUGUAAACUGAUAAACCUAUCAAUAGAUUUUAACGGUUGUUUAAACACCCCCGUUACUUUCAAUGGUUACCACGGGCAACGCUGACUGUACACUCGCCUCCACCAAUCACAGAGCGAGAUAUUGCAAACGGGCCAAUCAGGGCGCUUCUUUGUCAGUCCAAACAACCGUCCGCUCCACAGAGAGGCGUCGAGAUUUAUGAAGGAAACAUGAAGCUAACUUAGCAUGUUAGCACUUAAAACUACCGUUUAGCUUUUUAAAUACUAGUUUAAUGGGGUCCGGGUUGAUCCUAAACUCGGUCUGAAUGUUGUUGUGACGUCUCGAAGGAAUGAAGACCCGGGAUUCACCGCCGCCACCGGUUCACGUCCACGUACCGGAGACCACACCUGUGCAUGUUCAUAUGAGGAGAAGUCCCAGCAAGACACCGCAGAGUAGAACAAAAGAUGCCCAGGUGAAGGGAGACGGAGGGAGGCCAAAGGUGCGGACGCCGUGGAUUCCUCCAGGAAGACUGUCCUGCAGGAGAGAUGUGGGCUCGUACAAGUGCCAGAGAAGCAGAUCGGAGCAUCGAUCAGAACGUGAUGAAGAGGAGCAGGAACAAGAGCUGGCUGCUGUAUCCAAAAACCUCAGUGUCCUACUCAGAGAACAAGACAGCACUCAGCAUUUAAAGAAGUCUGAUUCUCACGGUCAGCACAGGGAGACUGAUGUGCUCCUGAGGGCACUCGUAGAAGCAGAAAUCGAUGGCGUAGCUGUAGCUAAUCAGCUGACAGCUGUGAAGGAAACUAUCGACAGCUUUGCUAAGGACAAGCGGCUGUCAAAGUUGCACGCAGCUUCACUGGCACGACAACAGGAGGUGUUGCUGGAGAAGAUCGAGAUGUUUGACCACACGAAUCACAGCCUGCGAGAGCUCCUCAGAGAGUGGAGUGGCUACGAGAGAGAAUCACUGAUGUGGUUAGAACAGAAAGACACCAUAAAGAAGAGACUGACUGACAGUGAAGCAGAGAACAUUAGACUUGUAGCCAAACUCACCAACAAGGAGAAAGAGGCCUCUAAACUUGCUGAGCAUUUGGACUUUGAAAAGGACAACGCAAAGACGACAGGGGAGCUUUCAAGAAUCCUGCAGUCUACACGCGACCAUCUGGAAUCUGAGCUGAAGAGAACAGAGGCUGAAAAGGUCCACCUGGCUGCUCAGGCUCAGAGGAUGCAGCGGAUUCAGGAGCAGCAGCAAGAGGAGCUGCAGGCUUUGCAGGAGGAGCUACAGACUCUGAGGCAGCGGAGAGAAGAGGAGGAGAAGGAGGAGCAGAGGCGGCAAGACCAGGAGGCGCUGGCCAUGCUGACCCAGCAGGCCGAGCGAGCCGAAGAGUCCGCCAGGCAGCUCGCUGUGAAACUGCAGGAGAAGGAAUCCCAGUUGGCUCAGGCUCUGUCCACAUCCAGUGACUGGUGCCUCCGUCACUCUAAAGAGACGGCAGCUAAAGGACAGCUGGAGGAGGAAAUCUCUGUUCUCAAACUUCAGGUGUCCGAGCUGAACUCUCAGCUUCAUUCAGCGGAGGAGAGGAUUCGGACAGAGAGGGAGGAGCUCAGAGAGCAGCUUCAUCAUUUCAGUGCUGAAAACGCCUCCAUCAAGCUGGACAACCAACGACUCAAGGGUCAGCUGACGUCCUCUGAGGAGAAGCUCAAUGGUCUGCAGUCUGAAGCCCGACGCCUGAAAUCGUCGAUCAAAAAGCACGAAAACCUGGUGGAGAAAUACAAGAAGAAGGUCCAGCAGGUUCGUCUGGAAUCAGAUGAGUACUGCUUGAAGCUGGAGGCGACACAGACAGAGGCGCGGGAGGUGAAGGUGAGUCUGGAGAGGGAGACGGAGCAGGUGAGGAGGGAGCUGUUGGGCCGGAUCAGGGAGCUCGAGACGCUGCCCGACAGACUGAGGAGGACCGAGCAGCAGCUCAGAGAUGCCCAGCAGGAGGCCGACAUCCAUGAGAGGAGGAACAUGGAGCACGGCUCAGCCCUGUCUGAAGUCAGACACAAGGUGGAACAGCAAGGCACUCAGCUGGAGACGUUCCAGCAGAGGAACCUGCUGCUGCAGGAGGAGAACAGCGUCCUCAAAGAGAAGAUUCACAACUUGGAGAGGAGGCUGGAGGACAUGACAGUGGAAAACAAAGACAUGUGUCAGGCUGUCCUGUCAAAGGACAGCAGUAUCCGCAGCGUUCAGCAGCAGCUGGAAGAGAAGAGCCGUGAGUGCAGCGUCCUGUCCAGACAGCUGCAACACGCUCUGGACGACGCACAGAGACAGCACAGGAGUGUCCAGCUGUCACAUUACAUCAUGUCACAUCGGAGGUCUCUGUCAGCUAUGUGCACGAGAUCCACUUAAAAGAUGAGUGAGGAGCCUACUUGCUAUCGUCCUACGUUUGAAAUGUUACUUUUUAAAACAGAAAACACGUUUGAUAUGAUGAUAUAUUUUCUGGAAAUGGUAUACAGUGUAGCCAACAGAAAGUAGCCUAGCUUGUUAUUAGCGAUAGUCAUUUAGCUCACCAGAAACUUUCAGCUCCCUGGCGAUGUCCCUCCAGCCAGCUGCCACCUUGUGUUGGUUUCUGUAGUGAAAAAAGGAGGUUUCACAAAGAUAAUCCCUCAUUUCAACUUCAAAAUGGCACACAGCAUCGCCCACAGCCAAUUAGGACACCUUCUUUCCUCAGCUUCAAAUCCAAAAUGUUGCCAUAUUGGCGCAGUUUUACUUUUCUUGAGAGAUUAACUGCCAUGUCUCCUCUUGUUAUCAUUAUCUCGUUAAAAAACACAUGAACUUUCUGUUAAACAAACACAUUGUGUGCUGCUUGUCCCCUCUCCCACCACUGAGAACUGACCUCCUUUAUGUUGCCAUACUCGGCUCACAGCCAGUCAGACACUCAUGGCUCCAUUAGCCCGUUUAUACAAGAAGGUAAUAUAUUCAUCAUGUUGUCAUGUUGCUAUUACUUUUGCAAUAUGAGUUGGAUGUAGCACUGUUGAUGCUGACGUAGGCUACUUUUUAAUUUGCCAGAAUGUGUCAUAACAGAAAAUGCUGGUUCCGCCAUUUUUUUAAAAUGAAAUCAGACUUGUUAAAGUUCGUACACAGGACCGGCAAAACCAGAAAUGGACCCAACUGUCCUGUCCAGUGUCCACAGAACAAAAGUUAAAUCCUAAAAUAUAGUUUUUGUGGCUAUUUAGUAUUGCAAAUGUGUCGGAGUAUUGCAGAAGUAAAGUUUAGUUUACUGCAAAGAUAAAGACUGAUGCAGGCUGUGAAUUAAAUUGCACUGAUACAUGUCUUAGUGUGUCUGACAACAGUCUCAGAACUCAUCUGCUAUUCUCUGACAAGGAUAAAGCCUCAGGGAGCAGGAGUCAGUGAUUUAGUGUGAUCCAAGGGGGGCGAAGACUUCCUCUUCUGUGCGCCGGCCAUUUCAGUUAAUCUUUAUAAACAGAUAUCUUCAUAUUAAUGCAGAUACAUUUUUAAAAAGAUAAUACCACGAUAACUCAUCAGACAAUAGCAGAUGGGUUCUAAGACUGCAUUUCAGCCAAUGUACUCCUUUAACCUGCAUUUCAAACAUGAUUGCUCAAUACUGCUUGGACAACAAAAUGAAAAACAGAAGACCUCCAAUACCAAAAUCUUCUCCCAUCGCCUACAGAUUCUUCACACAUAAGCAAAGUCUGUUUAUAGAGAUUAAUCUGACUAUUGUCAGUGGUGGAGGAAGUAUUCAGAUCCUUUACUGAAGCAAAAGAACUAAUAAAACAACGAGUGUUACAUAUGAGUGUUACAUAUUGUAAAAGUAUGUAAGUAUAAUCAGGUAAAUGUCCCGAAAGUAUUUGGAAAUUGGAAAGUAGUGAUAAAUGGCGUCACAGUGACCCAGCACCCAAAGUAACACCUUCACAUUUUUGUUUUGUUUAACCAACAGUCCAAACCUCAACAUUAUUAAACGUAUAUCAAAAUAAUUAAAAGGAAAAGCAGCAUUUCCUAACUUUUGUGAAGUUGAAACCAUGCAGUGAUUUUGCAUGAACAAACUAAUCUGUUACUAAUCAAUGAAUUGAUAAAUCAACUAAUUGCUUGAGCUGUACUUGUGUAUACUAUUUGCUGACAGUGAUGUCAUUAGGUGAGGUCACCAGAAAAAGCAGUUUACUUCUGUUAUUUUUGGGUGAAUAGUAGAGUACAGUGGUCCAUGAAGGCAUCGUGAGGAAACCUUAGACUCCAUGUUUUCCUG